AUGAAGAUACUCUAUCUCUUCCUGACCUUUAUCUUCACUGUGUCUUGUGGUCCAGCAGUUUCACAGAAAAAAAUAAAAGAAGUUGAAAUAAGAAAACGAGAAUGCUACCUUGUGCAUGGCACUUGCAAGACUUCAUGCAACAGCUGGGAAUAUAAAUACAAUCACUGUGAGACUGAACCCUGCUGUGUUGUACGGAAAUACAUAAAGCCAAUCAUUCAGCGUACCACUACAGCAUAUACAAAAGUAAACUAUAAUAAUAACACACUAUAUAAUGCUACACUGUGA